GGGGGGGGGGGGGAUACACACAACCCUUUUUAAAUUGUAUCUGUAGGAACCACAAAGUCCUCACCAUUUCUGGUCCUGUCGUACCACAACAUAAAGGUCCUAUUAUUACACAUUGUUAUUGGACGUUAAUACCACGGUAUUAUAGAGAUUAUUAUUACAUUGUUAUUACACUUUUACUGACUGAAGAGCGAGAGAUAUGCUGUUUCAAUGCCUGUUACACACAGAUUUCACUAAGCAACAUUGCCUUGGUUCAAACCCAGUCAAUGCAUUCAACACUGAUCAAGUACAUCACUGUUAAGACCUGGUGUAUUCACACUGACUGAUCAAGUACAUCACUGUUAAGGCCUGGUGUGUUCACACUGACUGAUCAAGUACAUCACUGUUAAGGCCUGGUGUGUUCACACUGACUGAUCAAGUACAUCACUGUUAAGGCCUGGUGUGUUCACACUGACUGAUCAAGUACAUCACUGUUAAGACCUGGUGUAUUCACACUGACUGAUCAAGUACAUCACUGUUAAGACCUGGUGUGUUCACACUGACUGAUCAAUUACAUCACUGUUAAGACCUGGUGUGUUCACACUGACUGAUCAAGUACAUCACUGUUAAGACCUGGUGUGUUCACACUGACUGAUCAAGUACAUCACUGUUAAGACCUGGUGUAUUCACACUGACUGAUCAAGUACAUCACUGUUAAGACCUGGUGUAUUCACACUGACUGAUCAAGUACAUCACUGUUAAGACCUGGUGUAUUCACACUGACUGAUCAAGUACAUCACUGUUAAGACCUGGUGUAUUCACACUGACUGAUCAAGUACAUCACUGUUAAGACCUGGUGUAUUCACACUGACUGAUCAAGUACAUCACUGUUAAGACCUGGUGUAUUCACACUGACUGAUCAAGUACAUCACUGUUAAGACCUGGUGUAUUCACACUGACUGAUCAAGUACAUCACUGUUAAGACCUGGUGUAUUCACACUGACUGAUCAAGUACAUCACUGUUAAGACCUGGUGUGUUCACACUGACUGAUCAAGUACAUCACUGUUAAGACCUGGUGUAUUCACACUGACUGAUCAAGUACAUCACUGUUAAGACCUGGUGUAUUCACACUGACUGAUCAAGUACAUCACUGUUAAGACCUGGUGUAUUCACACUGACUGAUCAAGUACAUCACUGUUAAGACCUGGUGUAUUCACACUGACUGAUCAAGUACAUCACUGUUAAGACCUGGUGUAUUCACACUGACUGAUCAAGUACAUCACUGUUAAGACCUGGUGUAUUCACACUGACUGAUCAAGUACAUCACUGUUAAGACCUGGUGUGUUCACACUGACUGAUCAAGUACAUCACUGUUAAGACCUGGUGUGUUCACACUGACUGAUCAAGUACAUCACUGUUAAGACCUGGUGUGUUCACACUGACUGAUCAAGUACAUCACUGUUAAGACCUGGUGUGUUCACACUGACUGAUCAAGUACAUCACUGUUAAGACCUGGUGUAUUCACACUGACUGAUCAAGUACAUCACUGUUAAGACCUGGUGUAUUCACACUGACUGAUCAAGUACAUCACUGUUAAGACCUGGUGUAUUCACACUGACUGAUCAAGUACAUCACUGUUAAGACCUGGUGUAUUCACACUGACUGAUCAAGUACAUCACUGUUAAGACCUGGUGUAUUCACACUGACUGAUCAAGUACAUCACUGUUAAGACCUGGUGUAUUCACACUGACUGAUCAAGUACAUCACUGUUAAGACCUGGUGUAUUCACACUGACGGAUCAAGUACAUCACUGUUAAGACCUGGUGUAUUCACACUGACUGAUCAAGUACAUCACAUGAAGCUACGGUACAGUGUUCAGGUGUGUAGAAGCAGGGCACUAGUGCUAUAUAACUAUUUAUUGUAAUAUUUAGUUUAUUUAUGUUUCUCUACAGAAUGUGACAGUCCUGUGUGCCAUAUCACACCAGAGCUGUAUAAAGACAGACCUCGGUAAAGAUUUGCAGGACAUAUGUGUAAAUACAUUGAACUGUGUCCAAAAAGGUUUGCUGGUUGAGCUGAAAUGCUGGAAUGUUUAAAACAGGAGACUAGGGAGUGGAGUUGGUCCAGUGAAUGUUACUGUCCAAUGUGAUUUCAUAAUGGGGGGAAAAGAGAAAAAAGACAAAUGAAGAAGAGACGGAGGGGUGUUGUUGUUUUCUUGCCAUGAUGAUGUAAAGUUCUGUUUUAAAGAAUGUUGUUGUUUGCAUGACGUGACAUCCCCACCAGAUCACAAUGCAAGAUGACACUAAGAGCGUGUCCAAAAUUGCAUCCUAUAUAGUGCAUUACUUUUGACCAGAGCUAUGUGGCCCUGGUCAAACGUAGUGCACUAUAUAGGGAAUAGGGAGCUCUGGUUAAAAGUAGUGCACUAUAUAAGCCAGGGAAUAGUGUGCCAUUUCAGAUUUGCUCUAAGGCUUUAUACCACUGUAAUAUUGUUGAUUUGUAAAUAUGCAUAAUGUUAUUAUGAUGUUUGAGAUGUUAUUAUUUCUCUGUUUUAAAGGUAGGCCUACAUUCCACAAUAGGAUGUCUUCAUACACAGCGGGAGAAAGAAAAGAGCAGUAUGUUCCCCGUCCCUAACUGCUGAAGCCACACGUCUUUUCUAAAGAGAGGUUUACUACGUCAAAGUUUUACUGGAGAUUAUGAAUAAAUUAUAGCUUUUAUGUCAUAUUAAACAUUAUGUCGAUGGUCACUGUCUCUGAAUAUUAUCAGAGGAAGAGAGGAGGACGAGAGGAUGGAGGAGUAGGAGAGAAAUGAUAGAAGAGAGGAAAGAAAAUAAUAAAAUAAUAAAGCAGCUGUUUCUCAUUUUCACUUCUCAUUAAGCGUGAGGUGACAUCACCACUGCCUCCCUGUGCAUACAUUACAAACCCUGUAUUUUAUGUCAGUGGAAGACAAGUCUUGAGCUCAGCGGGCUAAUUGGUGGUGGUGGGCGUGGAGAAGGGGGAGUUGUCAGGACCCGGUGCGAGAAACAGUCACUAAUAAUCGUCAGAACCCAGAAGAUGAGGCAGACACAGCAGUACUAGAGAUGGUGGUUUAAUAAAAGAACAAAAUCUUCAGGCAAAGAAACUAAAUCCACAAUGUCCAAAAAUAAAGCCAAGAGGCACAAAAUGGAAGUCCUCCAAAAUACAACAGCAGGGAAAAACAAACCUCAAAAGACUACUCAAAAAAUACACAAGAACUAAACCAGAGAACCUCUGGAAAAUCCAACAAGAGAAAUAUCUGUAUAAAACAAUGCUGGGGCUGGGUGCUAACUUACAAACACUGAGCAAGGAACUGAGGAACACACAGGGUUUAAAUACUAACAAGGGAAUGACCUACAGGUGCAAACAAUAAUUAGAGCAAGAAAAACAAAAGGUACAAAAAAGGUGCAAUGGGGACAUCUAGUGACCAAAACCCGAACAGUCUUGGCCAAAACCUGACAGGAGUGACAGGAGAGGGAGAGUACAGCUUCUGCAGGAGCCAUUCAGAAUGUGUAAUAGGCUAUGGAAUUUAAAAAAGAAUAAAGACAAUAAUACCAUCAUCAUGAGAUUAUACAUAUUUGUUGAAGAAUAUACAGUGCAUUUGGAAAGAAUUCAGACCCCUUGUUCUAAAAAUAAUUAAAUCGUUUUUUUUUUCUCCCCUCAUCAAUCUACACAUAAUGACAAAGCACAAACAGGUUUUUAGAAAUGUUUGCUAAUGUAUAAAAAAAAUAGCAAAUUUACACACGUAUUCAGACCUUUUACUCAGUACUUUGUUGAAGCCACUUUGGCAGCGAUUACAGCCUCUAGUCUUCUUGGGUAUGACGCUACAAGCUUGGCACAACUGUAUUUGGGGAGUUUCUCCCGUUCUUCUCUGUAGAUCCUCUCAAGGUCUGUCAGGAUGGAUGAUGGGGAGCGUCUCUGCACAGCUAUUUUCAGGUCUCUCCAGAGAUUCUUGAUCGGGUUAAAGUCCAGGCUCUGGCUGGGCCACUCAAGGACAUUCAGAGACUUGUCCCGAAGCCACUCCUGCGUUGACUUAGCGGUGUGCUUAGGGUUGUUGUCCUGUUGGAAGGUGAACAUUUGCCCCACUCUGAGGUCCUGAGCACUGUGGAGCAGGUUUUCAUCAAGGAUCUCUCUGUAUUUUGCUUUGUUCAUCUUUUCCUCGAUCCUGACUAGUCUCCCAGUCCCUGCUGCUGAAAAACAUCCCCACAGCAUGAUGCUGCCACUACUAUGCUUCACCGCAGUAGGCAUGGUGCCAGGUCUCCUCCAGACAUGACGCUUGGCAUUCUGGUCAAUCUUGGUUUCAUCAGACCAGAGAAUCCCGUUUCUCAUGCCCUGAGAGUCCUUUGGGUGCCUUUUGGCAAACUCCAAGCGGGAUGAUGUGUGCCUUUUACUGAGGAGUGGCUUCCGUCUGGUCACUACCAUAAAGGCCUGAUUGGUGGAGUACUGCAGAGAUGAUUGUCCUUCUGGAAUGUUCUCCCAUCUCCACAGAGGAACUCUGGUGCUCUGUCAGAGUGACCAUCGGGUUCUUGGUCAACUCCCUGACCAAGGCCCUUCUACCCCGAUUGCUCAGUUUGGCCGUGUGGCCAGCUCUAGGAAGAGUCUUGGUGAUUCCAAACGUCUUAAAUUUAAGAAUGAUGGAGGCCACUGCGUUCUUGGGGACCUUCAAUGCUGCAGACAUUUUUUGGUACCCUUCCCCAGAUCUGUGCCUUGACACAAUUCUGUCUCGGAGCUCUACGGACAAUUCCUUCAACCUCAUGGCUUGGUUUUUGCUCUGACAUGCACUGUGAACUGUGAGACCUUAUAUAGGCAGGUGUGUGCCUUUCCAAAUCAUGUCCAAUCAAUUGAAUUUACCACAGGUGGAUUCCAAUCAAGUUGUAGAAACAUCUCAAGGAUAAUGGCCUUGUCUCAGGAUGGUAAGUUGGUGGUUGAAGAUAUCCCUCUAGUGGUGUGGGGGCUGUGCUUUGGCAAAGUGGGUGGGGUUAUAUCCUUCCUGUUUGGCCCUGCCCGGGGGUAUCAUUGGAUGGGGCCACAGUGUCUCCUGACCCCUCCUGUCUCAGCCUCCAGUAUUUAUGCUGCAGUAGUUUAUGUGUCGGGGGCUAGGGUCAUUUUGUUAUAUCUGGAGUACUUCUCCUGUCUUAUCUGGUGUCCUGUGUGAAUUUAAGUAUGCUCUCUCUAAUUCUCUCUCUCCUUCUUUCUCUCGGAGGACCUGAGCCCUAGGACCAUGCCUCAGGACUACCUGGCCUGAUGACUCCUUGCUGUCCCCAGUCCACCUGGCCGUGCUGCUGCUCCAGUUUCAACUGUUCUGCCUGCGGUUAUGGAAACCUGACCUGUUCACCGGACGUGCUACCUGUCCCAGGCCUGCUGUUCUCAACUCUCUACAGACAGCAGGAGCGGUAGAGAUACUCUUAAUGAUCGGCUAUGAAAAGCCAACUGACAUUUACUCCAGAGGUGCUGACUUGCUCCACCCUCGACAACUACUGUGAUUAUUAUUAUUUGACCAUGCUGGUAAUUUAUGAACAUAUGAACAUCUUUGCCAUGUUCUGUUAUAAUCUCCACCCGGCACAGCCAGAAGAGAACUGGCCACCCUCAUAGCCUGGUUCCUCUCUAGGUUUCUUCCUAGGUUUUGGCCUUUCUAGGGAGUUUUUCCUAGCCACCGUGCUUCUACACCUGCAUUGCUUGCUGUUUGGGGUUUUAGGCUGGGUUUCUGUACAGCACUUUGAGAUAUCAGCUGAUGUAAGAAGGGCUUUAUAAAUAAAUUUGAUUUAAUAAUCAAUGGAAACAUGAUGCACAUGAGCUCAAUUUCGAGUCUCAUAGCAAAGGGUCUGAAUAGUUAAGUAAAUAAGGUAUUUCUGUUUUAUAUUUUUUAUAAAUAUGCAAACAUUUCUAAAAACCUGUUUUCACUUAGUCAUUGUGGGGUAUUGUGUGUAGAUUGCAGAUUUUUUUUUGUUUAUCAAUUUAGAACAAGGCAAAUUGUGGGAAAAGUCAAGGGGUCUGAAUACUUUCUGAAUGCACUGUAUGAUAUAACAUAGAUUUGUUCAAUUUUGUCUUAAUGUAGGAAAAUCCUAAACAUGUAGGCGCCAAAUGUUUCCAGAUGCAACUUUGCUAUUACUUCUUUGUUGCAGACACUGCAGUACAGUAGUUGGAUUUUAAAGCAUAGAACCUUGAAAAGCCCCUUUCUCGGGACAGUGAGAUUCUGCCACACCUACAUUGUCUUUUUGCCGCGAAACUGGGGAGAGGGCGGGACUCGGGCUGUUCCAUUAUGUAUUCGGGGGAGAAGGAGAGAGACUCCGAGCCGAAACUCAUUGUAAUGAUAUUACAAAUCAAUUCACUCUCACGGCCGUCGUAUAACGACUUCUACAUACAGGAAAAGUAUUCUGGGCUCACAAAAUCAAGUCAUCAAGCUUGAAAACAUAUUUAAAUGAAAUUCAAAACUGGACUGCACACCUGCCUUUUGAGACAAGUACAUGAACUCGUGUUUUUUUUUACCAUUCAUUCUUUGUUGCGUGAACUGCUUGUGAACUUCUGAGAGAAGGAAAAUUCGUCUCUCAAACGAGUUAAAAUGCCGUUCUCAUCAAAGACCCCCAGGAUACUAGCGGCCAUCUUUGAGAGUCCCAGUGACGACGAGGACUUCCUGGGUUUUGCCAUGUCAGUGCCUAGUGACAGCGAAUCAGACGACAGCAGGGACAGCCUUGCCUCUGAGGACUCUGGGAAGCCGGCCGUGCGUUUCAGGUCAAAGUUUGUGACCGCAGAGUUGUGCGUAGCGGAGGAGAGUGAUGAAGACACAGGUUUCUACUCUGAGGGGGAGGAGCCAGAGACACACACAAGGAGGAGUCUCUGUGUUGCCUUUAGGUUUCCCACCAAAAGACUCUCUGCCAAGAAAGGGGAGGCACCAAAGAAACCCCAGCCAAUCACUACCGCCCCUCCAAAGAGGAGAACCAAUGAAAAGGAGCAUCUGAAAAGGGGUGUGUCUCAGGUGUCCCGUGGGAUGGUGACACGGGGUCAGAAACAGCCUCUAAAAAAAGAGGAGGAGGAGGUUGAGUCUCCAGUUCUAAAUAAACGAGCCAAGAACAUCCAGGAGAACAAGGCCAUGUUGGCCAAGCUGUUUGCUGACCUGACCAACAUGGCUGACCCCCCCCCUCUACCAUGGUGAAAGAGGCGUGUGAGUGAGAAGCCGACCCCUCGUAGACGAGGUGUGUAUGAGGGGGGUGAGAGGAGGAACCCAUCGCGUGCGGCCAGACCGCCAGAGAAGUUUGGGGUGGAGGAGCGGAGUACCUCUCCCUCACGAAGCAACAGAUCUGUGAGGACCAUCUGUGUCAGGAAACUACUGGAGGUGGAUGAUGAGCUGAGUAGAAGUGGGAAGAAGAGGAGGGCGAGCAGCGGGAAGAGGAGGAAGAUUACACAUGUGAGAUCAGUCGAUGAGAUCACAGAGGAAGAGCUGGACAACGUGGCGGAAGGCGCCAAAGACAAGAUACUGGACAAGGACCACGGCAGCACUUGUCAUCAGUGUAGACAGAAGACUCUGGACACCAAGACGGUGUGUCGUAGCGGAGUAUGUUCAGGGGGCAAGGGUCAGUUUUGUGGGCCCUGUCUGAGGAACCGCUACGGAGAGGACGUACGCUCUGCCCUGCUGGAUCCAGACUGGGAGUGUCCUCUGUGUAGAGGAAUCUGUAACUGCAGUCUGUGUCGACGGAGAGAAGGACGCUGUGCAACAGGACAACUCGUCCAUUUGGCUCAACACAAGGGCCACAGCAACGUCCAAGAUUACCUGGAGAGCAUCCAAAAAGAUCUUCGAGCCUAGAGACAAGACCAGACAAGCUGACAGCUCCCCCAUUGGUCAGGACAGACAAUUACACCCUGGAGGCCCAGAGGGAGAGAAACAGCAGACAAAGGGGGUGUCUCAAGAAUCUCUUCUUUCUCCGGAAGUGUACACUCUUCACUACUUCCCACAAAGCAUUGGAUUUGCAGAGGCAUGGGCUAAAGGGAAUUUCCACCAUAUUUCUUAUACCAGUCAUUUCCCUACAAAUCAAUGGAUGGAAGUAAACAAGUGCACACUUUGGGCAGAAGGAGAGAUAAUUAGGACGUAGUCAUACUGACACAGAAUUGUUCUGCUUUAGUCCUGCCACAGUUCAGACUCGAGUCCAGGGUUUUGGAUCUCUAGAUGGUCUAGAACAGUGUUCCUCAAUGACUGCCACGUCCUUCUAACACCCUAUUUAAUCAGUCAUGUUCAGUAGGGAGACAAUGUUUUGAAACAGGAGGUAGUACCUGAUAUUUUCCAGUAAGAACAUGUAAUUACCAUUUAUUGUUGCAAAAUGUUUUGCUGCGGUGUACACCACUGAAUAUGACCCAUGAAAACCAUAACUUGUGGAUCCCUGCAACUAAAAAGAUUGAGCAACAUCGGUCUAGAUGGAUAUCUGUGGUUCCAAGGCUGUGUUUACACAGGCAGCCCGAUUCUGAAAUCAUAUUUUUAUGCAACAGCAGUCAGGCAGUGGAGUUUUAACUUUUUAUUAGACCUUGGAUGGGGCGGAGGGUACAGACAACCGCUGUUAAAUUCAGUACCUUUUUAAUUUGGGGAAUAAUGUUUACGCACCUAUUGUUAUGCUAAAUUAGCAUAGUUUGAGUUUACGUUACUUGAGAGUUUACACCUAUUUUACCACUGCAUCCCUAGUAGUAAGACAUGGUCAACCUUUUACUGAAAGGAACAGAACAUAUUCCCUUGAUUAUAGACAAUAGCCAAUACAAUUGGACCUAUGGGAUGUAUAGUGUACUGUUUAUUACACUGUUUUAAAGUUUUCUUUCCUUCUAUAUUGAGUUAAACUUAUAAGACUGCUUCUGAAAGUGGACACUGUAUGUUAGUUGAAUCUGAAAUAAAGAACUGAAGUUCAAAUGUUAA